GGAUCGUCUCAUCAUCGUCAUCGUGGUCGUCGACGCGGCGCUCAGUCGAUCGUCGCCACUGUUCGCGAACACAUCGCGUGCGUGUAUUUCACACGCGCUUCGCAACGCGAGCCGCUUCCGCUCCUCCGACGCGAUAAACGCCGGUAAACGCGGCGCACCUUCGCCGUAUGUGAGCCUCACGCUCCGCGAACGUUAACGAUAACGACGGCAUAUGUCGGUGUAGGCCGAGAACCGCCUGGCGAGUUCGCUUCUACGCGAACGUGACGCACGCUUUAUUUUCGCGCCAUGUGACUGCAGUUCCCCGCGUGAGGAGAGAGAGAGAGAGAGAGAGAGAGAGAGAGAGAGAGAGAGAGAGAGAGAGAGAGAGAGAGAGAGAGAGAGAGAGAGAGAGGAGCAGUGGGGCGACGUAGAUUCCGCUGUUUUUUCGCUGAAUUUUGUUUCGUUUCGCGCUCGGAAGAAUCGAUUCAGUGUGUUUCUCCCCGUAGCUGCUGCCGUCAGCAAGUCGAUCGUCGACGAGGUGGCUCUCGCGAAUCCGACGCGGGGCACGUCUCGCAGUUUUAAUCCCCGGAAUUACGGCACGGCAUCUCAGACUCCAGGAUCAAGGAAAAAGGAAAGAUGGCGGCCGUAUCGGAGAGAGGAUACUUCCAUUGGAUCGAUUGGCUGGUGUUCGCGUUUAUGCUCCUCGUGUCCGCCGCGGCCGGCUUAUGGCACUUCAGAAGGGCGCAAAAGUCGAGCACGCAGGACUACCUGCUCGGUGGGAAGAGCCUAGGCCUCUUCCCCGUGUCCGCGUCUCUCGUUGCCAGCUUCAUAUCAGGCGUGACGAUUCUCGGCACCCCGGCGGAGAUCUACAACUUCGGCACGCAAUAUUGGAUCACGAUCAUAUCGAUCUUCUUCUCCGGCCUCGUGGUCGCCACCGUCUACUUGCCGGUCUUCACCACCCUGAGACUUAGCUCCGUUUACGAGUACUUGGAAAUCAGAUUCAGUCGAGCCGUGCGGAUUCUCAUUUCUUUCAUUUUCGUCUUCGACGUGGUACUCUACCAGUCGAUCGUCGUCUACGUCCCCGCGCUGGCAUUGAAUCAAGUGAGCGGCAUCGACAUACACUUGAUCGGGACGAUCGUCUGCACCGUCUGCGUCUUCUAUACCGUUCUGGGCGGCAUUCGGGCGGUGGUCUGGACGGACGCCCUGCAGGUCGGCGUGAUGGUGGCGGCGGUGAUCUCGGUGACCGCCCUGGGUACCUAUCACAUCGGGGGAGUGUCCGAAGUCUGGAGCAGGGCCAGCGAACUCAAUCGCGUGCAGUUCCUCAACUUCGACCCGUCGCCCUACACCAGGCACACCGUGUGGACGGUGCUGUUCGGCUCUUGGCUCUACUGCACCGCGUACAUCUCCGUCAAUCAGACCAUGGUGCAGCGAUACAGGUCGUUGGAGAGCACCAGGAUGUCCCAGUGGUCCAUCGCGUUAUUUACCUUCGGCAUAAUGGUGUUUAUCUCGCUGUGCUGCUGGUGCGGCCUGGUCCUCCUCGCUUGGUGGUCGCCGCCAAAAUGCGAUCCAAGAGUUUCCGGCUUAAUUACGGCCGACGAUCAACUGCUGCCGGCUUAUGUCAUGGAGAUAGCUCGCCAUCUGCACGGGAUACCCGGCCUCUUCAUCGCCGGGAUUUUUGGCGCGGCGCUCAGUUCGUUGUCGGUGGGCCUCAACUCGACGUCCGUCGUGAUUCUGGAAGAUUUCGUGAAGGGUUGCUUCAAGAUGAAGCCUAGCGAACAGUGCUCCGGCAUUUUCGUCAAACUGCUCGUCGUCCUGCUCGGCCUGCUCGCGCUGAGUUUCGUGUUCCUGGUCGAGAAGCUCGGCGGGGUCUUGUCCGUGACCAACAGCCUGGCCGCCGUCGCCGCCGGGACGUCCUUCGGCGUCUUCACCUUGGGAAUCUUGUUCCCAUGGGCAAACUCCGAGGGUGCCUUCAUCGGUACCAUCGCCGGAUUCGCGGUGUCCGGCUGGGCGAGCUUCGGGGCGAACGCAGCCAUCGGUUCAGAUGUGUUGAGGCCGAGGAAGCUGCCGAUACCUUACGAGCACUGCGGAAACGUCAGUCACGACUUUGCGCUGAUGUUCGAGCAACAACACGACGAGGCGGACGUGUUCCCGUUGUACCGAUUGUCGUAUCAUUGGUUCGCUCCUCUCGGCACGCUGGUGGUGCUGCUGGUGGGCGCUUUGGUUACCUGGAUAACAGGUGCGAACGACCCCUCGUGCGUCGACAGGAGCCUGCUCUCGCCGGUGAUUCACAGGUGGUUACCGCAGCAGAAACAUUCGAGCACGCUGGACGAAUGGCUCCGGACGAGCGACUCGCGCGUGUCGGCGGAUCUGUUCCUGAAGGACCUCGAAGGCGGCCGGAAGUCGCACCCUGUCAUGACAAGAGAGCAGACGCUCGCGAAUGUACCGUUGUGACCGGCCGAUGAUAGCCUACGCUAUGA